CAUUUAUUAUUCCUAUCACGAAUUACAGUGUACAUUAGGCUAUGUUGAAAAGUAAUCGUAAAUAAUUAUCUAAGUGAAAAGUACUAACGAAGUGUUUUGUUCUAACAAUGGAAUUAAUAAGUAAAUUUAGGAGCACAUUUUGGUCAACUGAUAUUUGGUUACCGCCGAAUAUAACUUGGGAAGACAUUGCUCCCGGUUCUCGUCCAGAUAUAAGUCAUGCUGAUUACAGACAUCUUAUAUGGCCUCUACCUUUGGCCCUUCUAGUCAUGUUAACACGAUAUUCACUUGAAAGAUUUUGGAUAUCCCCCAUUGGAAAAUCACUUGGCAUUAGGAGCACACGAUCAAAAAAGGCACCAAAUAUUCCACUAUUAGAAAAGGCAUAUGAGAAGUCGAUUCGUCUGGAUCAUAAAAAGGUAGUUUCAUUGUCAAAGCAAUUGGAUUUGACAGAGCGUCAAAUUGAACGUUGGUGGCGAUUAAGAAGAGCUCAAGACAAACCAUCAACUUUAACGAAAUUCUGUGAAAAUACGUGGAGAUGUAUAUAUUACACAUAUAGCUUUAUAUUUGGCGUUAUUGUGUUGUGGGACAAACCAUGGUUCUGGGAUGUUAAAAGCUGUUGGUAUGGAUAUCCACAUCAGUCAGUUUCCAGUGAUAUUUGGUGGUACUAUAUGAUAUCAAUGGCAUUUUAUUGGUCACUUACUGUUACUCAAUUUGUUGAUGUAAAACGGAAAGAUUUUUGGCAAAUGUUUAUUCACCACAUGGUUACGCUUCUUCUUAUGUCAUUAAGUUGGAUUUGUAACUUACAUCGCGUUGGAUCUUUAGUGCUAGUGAUCCAUGAUUGUGCUGAUAUUUUCUUGGAGGCAGCGAAAUUGACGAAAUAUGCAAACUAUCAGAAAUUAUGUGAUAUAAUUUUUGGAAUAUUUACCGUAAUUUGGAUAAUUACCAGGCUCGGAUUUUACCCGCGAAUAAUAUACAGCUCAUCUGUGGAAGCACCUAGUAUUCUUCCAAUGUUCCCUGCUUAUUAUAUAUUUAACAGCUUGCUUAUUAUGUUGUUAAUUCUUCAUAUUGUUUGGACAUAUAUGAUACUUAAAAUUGUGGUCGACUCACUUCAAAAGGGAUUGAUGUCGGGAGACAUUAGAUCCAGUGAUAGCGAUGAUGUUUCUGAAAGUUCUGAAAGUCAUACAUUAAAUAACGGCAACUUAACUGGAACACAAAUUAAUGAUGUUAAAAAAAAGGAUAUCAGUACCAAAAAUAAUUAAAUAUUUUGUUAAAAUAGUACCAAAUCAGUUCAUUGUUUUUAUAGUUAUACAAGUAUUAUAAUUUAAAAUACUUUUACAUUUCAAUUAUAAAAAAAUGUACAUUUAUUUUGUAAUAAAUUUAAAUUAAAUUUAAAUAUAUAAUUGUAAUAGCAGCAUUAGUCUGACUGCUUCGUUCUAUAACGAA